AUCAGCGCUCACCUCCUCCCCACGUGGUUGUCUUGUUUACUACGAGGCUCGAGAGCCACCGCGGAGGCUGCUGGGAAAACCCGGAGCGGCUCAGGAGGGACUGCAGAGAGGACAGUGUGCAGGAGGGGCGGUCAUGUUCGAACGGUUUUAACAUCACAUCAACGUCCCCCGCGAGCCAAAUCUUACAGUGAAAUAAAUGCCGAUAAAUGUUGUUUUAUUAAUCCAUGUUGAUCAAUUUGGUGCUCAGUAAAGACUCGGGUCCUUCAAAGUCCUGGGCGGUUUAUGUGGUGUUUUAUGGACCACAUGAGAAGGUGAAUCCAACGUGGGAACUCGAUACCCGAUCACCACUGCACAGACUCUGGCUCCAGAUGACGUCACCAGAAUAAGAUGGCGACGCUCGUAUUGGGAUAUUUUGGCUUCAUUUUCUCACAGUGGGAGGAAGUGGAGACCCGUCGGCCAUCUUUAUUGGUGUCAGAACUUUCUAGCCACUGAAAGACGCUGUGGGGAGAACAUUACAACAUAAGAUAAACUGUUACGAUUCGCACUGGGGUCUCACACUGACAGAAACACGUACAGACCAGUAUGGAAAGGAAACGAAAUAAAAAUUAAAACAAGAAGAGGAACACAGCAGCAUUUGGAGAGACAUUCAUUCCCGCCAUCGAGUCUGUUCACACGUCGCGUUGAAUCAAUGCGUGGACAGGACACGUGAGACAUCAGACUGACGUCUUCUGAUGUCCUCAGUGCUGAUGGAAAAUCCCCACUUUCACAGCAAGCUGAUGUUGCGACACUGAGACUCCGUUCCAGAUGUCCCACUUUGAUCCGGUCCAGGUGUUGUGUGGGCUCCUCCCUGAUGAUGUUCAGACUGGCUGCAGCCUGCAGCAGCUCACACACAUACUCACACACUCACACACACUCUCUGAGCUCCCAUUGAGCAGCAGUGGACGUGUUGGACAGCUCGGUUGUCUCUGUGCAGACAGACAGACAGACAGCAGACAGACGGACGGACGGACAUGUUACCAAAGACGCGUCUGGGGAAGCGCUCUCCUCUUGGGGCGUUGGUAAGCUCCAGCUGCCCAGCAGCAGGAACACCAACAGGCCAGGAGACGGGAGACAUGGGUGUCACCAUGGCAACAGCAGCAGGACAGCAGACCAUCUGCAGAGUCAGAGGUCAUCCUGGGCUGAAGGUGUAUUUUCAGUGUGGUGGAGCUGGCGAAUCUUCAGGUGUGGUGGAUCAGCCUGACGUCAUGCAGAGUGAUGUUCCGGUCUGGUCUUCGUCUCAUCCGUCCUCCUCCUACAGCAGAUCCGUCUCCUCCUGCAUCGAUGUCCCCAGAAGUCAGAGGAGUCCAGAGGAGGUGGACAUGGACGAGCUGAUGGCAGCCAUGGUCCUCAGCAGUCUGUCCUGCAGCCCUCUGCUGCACAGCCCCGCCCAGCCGGACAUGACGGCUCCCCCGAUGGACUGUGGAGGCAGCGAGCUCUCUGACGGCGGCAGCAGUGGCUACUGGAGCGUCGGCCACGACAACGGAAGCCCAGCCCCCUCUCCACCGAUGGCGGAGCCUGCCGUCAGCCCGGCCACGCCCCCAGAUGAAGGGCUGGACAUGGAGCUGGAACAGGUGCUGUUCGAUGAGCCGGCGGCGCGGAAACGCAGGAAUUCAGCGAAGGCGGCCUACAGGUGCCUGUGGCCGAGCUGCGGGAAGGUGCUCACGUCAGCGGUGGGAAUCAAACGUCACAUCCGGACAACACACCUGUGCAGCCGCGGCGGCGAACACGAGCGAUGUUCCCGCAGCGAGGAGGAUUUUUACUACACUGAGAUUAACCAAUGGGAGCAGCAGCAGUCUCCUCCUCCUCUCCCUCUCCUGUGUGGCCGUGCCUCCCCCACCUCCUCCUCCUCCUCACCCUCCUCACCUCCCAGCCCUCCGCCUCCAUCCCCUCCGUCUCCCCCUUCUCCAGCCUGCAGCGCUCUGAGUCGCUCCGCCCCCUCCUCCGGCAGCUCCUGGCAGGUCCAAUCAGAGCACUCCUACCAGGCUCCGCCCCCCAGUCAUGUGACCACAGCAGCUUCAAACACACCCACCUGUCACUGGACGGCUCCGCCCACCGGCUGCCUCAGACAGGGUUUGGCGUUUCGGGUGCGUUCGGUCAGCGUAGGAGAGCAGUGGCUGCAGCAGCAGAGCGCCCCCUGCAGCCCUCCAUCUUCGUUUCUGCCAGGAGGAUUCGUGGCGAGGCCAAGAAAUGCCGAAAAGUUUACGGCAUCGAGCACAGAGACCAGUGGUGCACGGCCUGCCGCUGGAAGAAGGCCUGCCAGCGCUUCCUCGACUGAACGGGGGAGGAGCGAGAGGAAGAGGAGGAACAAAACAAGGACUGAAACAGGCUGUAAACUUCGGCCUCCCCUGGUGAAUGUUUUGUACUUUCUGAAACCAGAGAUAUUUUUUUGUUUUUGUACUCUUUCUACAUUUGCUAUUGACUAUUGGCAUUGACUCUUUUUUCUUCUCUUUUUUUUUUUUUACUUUGAAUGUACUUUCUGAGGGUGUUUGUAGAUGUUGUGUCCUGUCGGUGCUUCUUGAUGGACAGAUUGGGGCAGCUAUGAUGUGACCUUUAGCCCUGAAGCAGCCAAGCGAGUCCGGUCGACUUGCCUCAGGUGCUUUUAUCAGAACCAGGAUCAGGGUCCACAUAUGUAUUGACCAGGAUUUGUUGCUGAAGCUUCAAGGGUCAGCUGGGUAACUGAAAUCUGUGCUCUUACCAGGCUGGUUCAGAUGGUGCCAGCUAGCACAAGUUUUUAUUCAGAUUUAUGGAUGAAAACCAUCAGCGUAUAUAAGGAUGGCCCACACAUCUCCACUUCAUCCCGCUGUACAAAAGUGAAGCCAAAAUAUCCCUGAUACGAAUGCUGCUCUGAUGCAUGUCCCAUCUGCUAACAUUGAGGGGUUUAUGAGCUGUACUGCUGCCAGCCACCAGGGGCCGUCCAGAUGUUUGGGCAGCUUUGUGAUAAAAGUAAGUAGAAAAGGUUCCCUCUGGACCUCAGUGACAGGAAGGCAGAAAGUGUUUUCAUCCUGAGCUCAGAGCUAAUGCUAACACUAGCGCUCUGCUGCAGCAGAAUCAGCCUUUAGCUCCACCUGCUGUUUAUCUCCGUCAGACAGCCAACUCAUAUUGCCACAACAGAUUUGAGUUAAACGCAGAAUGUUUGGAGGCUGCUGUCUAAAACACACACUUUGUUUGAGUGACUGUUGUUCCAUGCAGUUUGUACAUUAAGAGCUGAUCCAGGAGCAGUGAACCCUGACACACCAAACUGAACGACCACACUUUUCUUCAUUUUUCAGCCUUUUUGGUCAGAGGAAUCAUUCAUGUCUUCAGGCUUCACUAACAAUUAACUUUCCAUCCUUUUUUUUUAAGAUUUUUGAUGUGUAUGAAGACACGUAACAAACGGUUGUAAUUUUCCCAGCUAAGGGCCUAACAAAGGAUUACCCCAUCUUGUUUAUGGCACACUAACAUGAGCAGAUUUAUGUGUUUUAAAGCACUUGCCACUGAAAAGGAGCCUCCUUUAAUCUGCUUACACUUUUGUUUGACUCUGUUUCAAACCUGUACUACGUGCUUCUGUUCCUUUAAGGUGCCCAGAAGGAUAAAGUCACCGCUGUAGUCUUCGUGGUGCGUUCACUGUCCCGCCACGUGUCAUCUGAAAAAUCAGGCUGUGUGUCAGGGCUCUCAUACUGCUCCUUCACACACACACACUGAACUGAGGUUUACUUUAAAGUUAUUUAUCACAUCAGGUGUCAGCAUCUGGGCUAAUCGUCACAUCAGACACUUGACUGUAAAUAUCAGCAUCGCUUUGUCGUCUCUUCAUCCGAGCCUCAGUUCCGUUUUGUCUGGAAGCAGAAGCCAUUUCCACUCGCCCCUGUGGACACCACACGCAGUAUUGAUCAACAGAUCUGUUUAAACACAAAUAGUUUUACACUGAAUCAGAUUUUAUCAUAUCUACAUCUCCUGGCGUGGAUCAGAGGAAACACCAGACAGACGUAAAAGGACGACUCCUCCCGCAGACUUCUGUUUAAAUCCUCUGCACGUCCUGUUUGUUUAUGAGCAAAGCAAGUAAAUGUUGAUGCACUCUUUUAUACAUGAUGUGAAGUCCUGAUGUUAUCACAAUACAGCGAAAAGCUGAUUUUGUCUGGUUUGCCUUUACUGCCGACAGAGCAGGUGAAUUGCAGAGAAAUCCUCUUUAGCUCCCAGAAGUGACUUUUCAGUCUAAUUUUAAGUUAAGAAAAACCCAGAGAUUGAAGUUAUACUGAUGUGUUUACUGUACCAACACCCUCAUCAAUGUAUCAGUACUCAACACAGAACAGCUGUUUAAAAUAAAGUUUUUUUAUUAAAGAUGA